AUGCUAUUUCUCGGGAGAAGCUGUUUGCAUCGCAGGGCCUGGCAGCUUUUCGUACGCGAGGGCGGGAAGACCCGCAGACCAUUAUUACAAGGGAGUCGUGUGCAGUCGACGAAAGCACCGGAACAUCCUCGACAGACACGCCGAAUAAGCCCAUGGGUCAUCUAUCCCACCACGAUUGUGGUCGCAGCUGGGGCUGGUGUCUUCACGUACGAAAAUUAUCAGCCGUUCAGGCAUUUCACCCUUGCCGCUGUGCGGUGCUCGAGGGUUGCUAGGGCGGUUGUUUUGGGUGCCAUUGACUACAAGGCCACUUUUGCGAAAACCUAUGCAUCGGAGGAGAUACUCCUGGAUGCAUACUCCCAGUGUCACAAACGCAGCGCUGAACGCGUUCUGAAAGCUCUUCUUGCGAACGGAGGGAUUUUCAUCAAGUUGGGGCAGCACAUUGCGUCACUUGUGGUACUCCCAAAAGAAUGGACAAGCACGAUGCGGCCCCUGGAGGACCAGUGCGAGCCGACGCCGUACGAAAACCUUGAAAAACUCUUCCUGUCCGACAUGGGCCAGCCCAUUUCCGAGUACUUCGAGGACUUCGACCCGGAGCCGAUUGGUGUCGCGAGUCUGGCACAAGUGCAUGUUGCACAGUGGAGGAACACGGGUGAGACAGUCGCUGUAAAGAUACAACAUCCACAUCUCGCGGAAUUUUGCGAGAUUGAUAUGGAGAUGGUAGAGGUGUCUUUAGGAUGGAUAAAGCACCUGUUUCCCGACUUUGAGUUCACGUGGCUGGGCGAAGAGAUGCGCGAAAAUCUGCCGAAGGAGAUGGACUUCGUGCACGAAGCCAACAAUGCCCUGCGUGCCGUAGACGACUUUAAAGACAUACAAACGUCCAUGUAUAUCCCUCGUGUUCUCCAGGCAAAGAACAGGGUGCUCAUUAUGGAGUACAUCCGGGGGGCACGCGUGGAUGAUUUGCCCUACCUUGCGGUGCAUAGCAUUGACAGGAAUAAGGUUGCGCUCGAGUUGGCUAGGAUAUUCUCGCAGAUGGUGCAUAUCAAUGGCUGGUUCCAUGCGGAUCCUCAUCCUGGAAACCUACUCAUCCGCCCUGCGCCGCUUGGCUCCAAGUCGCCAUACAACUUCGAGAUAGUUCUGUUGGACCAUGGGUUAUACUUCGACUUGGAUCCGGAAUUCCGCAUCAAUUAUAGCAAACUAUGGCUCGCGUUGAUCGCUCCUGCCACACCCUCCGUUCGUGCGGAUCGAAUGAAGUACGCUAAGUUGGUCGGGAACAUCGAUUCUGACCUGUACCCUGUCUUUGAAGCUGCAAUUACUGGUAGAGCGGCUCUUGAGAGCUCUUGGAGUGACCUCAACGAUCCAUCCGACGGUGCCAGUUUUGCUCGUGGAUCUAGCAUGAUCGAUCUUUCUGCCCAGACGGAGGAAGAAAUGGAGGCUAUCAGGGAAGCUGUGGUGCAAAAAGAGGGUUUGCUGCUCUCUGUCUUCGAUGUGCUUCGGAGGGUACCCCGGAGAGUACUCAUGGUGCUGAAGCUUAAUGAGCUGACGAGGAGUCUGGAUCGUGCGCUUGCGACAACGCACUCCAAUAUACGAGUAUUCCUUAUAAUGGCUAAGUCAUGCACUGCAGCUGUCUGGCAGGAUAAUAAGCAGCGACUCAUCUCGGAGAUGUGGAAGCCCUCCAAGGGCCUGACGUCUCUGGGCCUAUUAUACGAGUAUUUCCGGGACUACUGGGGGUACCGGAAGAUGUACACCAGCCUAGUCUUGGCGGAGACGUGGAUGGAUGUAGAGGCGUCCUUGGUCAAGUUCAAGGCAUGGCUGUGGGGGCUGUUUGUCGUAGGUGGCCUGCAAGGUGCGCAUAAAGCCGCUGCUGGGCUAGCAUGA